UUUCUCCCUCAGCUUGGGCUUCAAUAGAAUCAGAUGCCACAGCAAAAACAAAUGCCAAAUGCAAACCCAGAUUAGAAUACACUCCAAACAACCCAAGAUUCCUAAUACCAUCUAUAAAUCUCCUUCCAUCGCUUUUGGAGGCAGCUGACAAUCAUCGGCUCAGAAAUCUCCCCUUGAUGACGGAAAAGUUUUGCUGCAUGCUUAUGAGGAUCAACAUCGACUGCAACGGUUGCUUCAGGAAAAUAAGAAGAGUCCUACUCAAAAUACAAGAGAUAGAGAGCCAUUUGAUAGAGAAGAAGCUGUGUAGGGUCACUGUCUGUGGAGCUUUCGAUCCGGCCGCCUUAGCCAUAAAGAUAAGGAAGAAGAUCAACCGUCGAGUCGAGAUAUUGGAAAUCCAUGAGCUCAAUAAAGACUUUAGCAAUGGUGGUCACAAACAGAUGCAUGCUUCUUAACGCUUCCUAAGGGGGCUUGUGUUGUAUACAACAUCAUAUAUACCAUGAGAAGACAAGUGCUAAUAAGACUUGCCUUUUCUGUCCCACUUCAUGAUGAUCCAGUCCGUUCAUCACAAGCGAAAAUGCUAGACAAGUUACAACUCACCUUCAUUUGGAUUCUGAUGCUAUCUGGCCAGUCACAGCUUUCCCAUACAGCCUAACAUAAAGUGUGAUCGUUUUAGAUGAACAGUUUGGAUACAUCCAUACGUAGUGGGGAAUGAGGGGAUAUCUUGUUUAGCAUUUCUCAGCAUACCAAACAAAUAGGAGGAUAUUUCUGCCAUUUAUACAAUGUAUAUGAAGUAGAUUUUAGAUAUUCUCAUAGUGGGUCGUAUUUAACAAAUCCGGCCAAUCGAUUAAAGGGAAAGAAAAUUACUAAGCAAUAUAGAUUUGUGAA